UUGCCCUUUUUGUUUUCCAUAAAAGCAGCAGUGCAAAUCCCAAUCUAGAAAAAUAAAAAUCUUUCUGUCCUCGUCUUUGUAUCAAUCUGGCGAAUUGCGUCAUCGUUUAGCAUCAUCCGGCAAGGCUUUCCUUUUUUCUCGGUUCGUUUCCGGCGAGGUAAGACUCUCGCCCAAACACCCCCCUCCCCAAAAAAAUUUCCAAUUCUACCAUUUUGGCCGGGUUUAGGGCUUUCUCCCUUCGGAUCUGGGGCUCUGUGCUGAGGCAUCUGUUUUUCCUUUGAUUUAGGGUUCUUCAGUUAGGAUUUUGCGGUGAAUUACGAGGGAUGAUGCGUUUUGGAAUUUAGGGUUUUUAUUCUCUUGGUUGGAUGGAACCGGGCAUGAGAUCCGAUGGCCCUUCUGGGGCUUUGGUGAAGAACAGGAGAUCUUCAGGGUGUUUGGUUGUUAGGAAGAAAGGUGAUGGAUUGAGUGGUGGGGUUGGUAGUUCUUUCAGCUCCAGGAAGCUGAAUGCAUCAAAGAAAGGGAAGAAGAGGCCCAAGGUUGAGUUAAGUAGUAGCGAUUCGGAAUCGAGUCAGGAGCUAUUGAUGCCAUCUUCUAGAGGGCUUGGUCCUGAGACCAUUCGAGUAUGCAAUGGUUUGACAGCUGUUAAGCGGGACGAGGCUGGUGAUGGUGGAACUGGAAGGAAGCGGGAGAGGUUUGAGGACAUUAGUCAUAACGGUGAUGAGAUGGGGGAGGGAAAUGGUUCAGAGAGGAGGGAAAAGAAACUUAGUAAGAUUGAUGUGUUUGAUUUCGACGAAUACGAUGCUAUGGAUGCAGACAUGAUGAGAAGGAGCCAUGUAGAUAGCAAUGGGGGCGGCUUUGGAGGGGAAAGGCUUGGGGGAGCAAUGCAUGCUGCUAGAGGUGGCACUGAAAGGGAAUUCAAAACUGGUUCAAGCAGACACACCCUUAAUAAGAGAAAGAACUCCCAUUGUGAUAAGGCAAGUCACUUGCACCCAAGAGAUAGUAAAUUAAAGAAGUGGGAUGCAGCUCAGCAUCCUCAGCCCGUGCCGAAGGAGAAGUUUAAUUCUGAUGAAUCCAUUAGGGUUCAAGGGAAAAAUGGUGUUUUAAAGGUGAUGGUUAAUAAGAAGAUGUGUAAGCCAUCAAAGCACGUUGAUAAUCGCAAACAUGUAGAAGGGCAACGAAGUUUGAGGGCUGAGGGCAUUGCCAAGAAGAAUGUUCUGAUCCAUCCUUCAUCUUGCUUGGAAAAAAAACCUGUUAAGAAACAAGGUUUACAUGCUAGGACAGAGAAGAAAUUGGUAGCAAGAAGAAAAUCUUUGUCAAGUAACGACAGUAAGGGUGAUGACCAGGAUUCAGAUAACAGUGGCACAUCAUUGAAUGUGGGAGUGAAGUGCAUUAAAGCUUUCAAGUCUUUAAAGAGGGGGACCUCGGACGAUGAACAGACUCCUAAGCAUGAAAAGACCCCAACCACAGCAGGAACUAAAAAGGAGAAAAUAAGGCGUGGUAGUGGCACAGAAAAGCAGAAGCUACGAGAACAGAUACGGGAGAUGCUUCUUAAUGCAGGUUGGACCAUAGACUAUCGCCCUCGGAGGAAGAGAGACUAUCUUGAUGCAGUUUACAUUAAUCCUGGGGGUACAGCCUAUUGGUCCAUCAUCAAGGCCUAUGAGGCGUUUCAGAAGCAAUUGAGUGCUGACGACCCUGGGGCCAAGCCCAAUGGGGAGUGCUCUUCUUUUGCUCGUAUCACAGAUGAUGUGCUUAGUCAGUUAACAAGGAAUACUCAGAAGAAGAUGGAGAGAGAAUUAAAGAAGAAGAAGAAGAAACAGAAGAAGGAAAGACAUGAUAGUGAGAGUGAUAGUGGAAAAGAACCUCGCAUUAAGAGAUCUUUAAGCAACAAGCGUGAUAUGAAUGGCAUGGAAAGUGAUAGUGAUGAAGAGAAAUUAAGCUCCUUUUUAAAGCGGGAGCGUAAGUCAAUGAAAAAUAAAAUGAUUGAAAAUACUGUUAACAGUUGUAGAUCUACAAGCAAGAAAGCUGACCUUCACACAGAUGAAGGAACUGAAAAAUCACUUUUAGGAAAUGAUCCUCAUCAACUACAUGGGAGGAAAAGUAAGAAACAUGGAAGGUGCACUUUAUUGGUUCGUAAUUCCAACAUAGGGUCAAAUUCAGAUUCUGAUGACUAUGUUCCAUAUAUGGGCAAACGAACGGUGCUUUCCUGGUUGGUUGACUCUGGAGCUGUACAGUUAAGCCAAAAGGUUCAGUAUCGUAGAAGGAAACGUGUAAUGCAGGAGGGAUGGGUCACCAGGGAUGGGAUUCACUGUAGUUGCUGUAGUAAAAUACUCACUGUUUCCAAGUUUGGGCUUCAUGCAGGAAGUAAAUUGCGCCAGCCAUAUCAAAACAUAUAUUUGGAUUCUGGAGAGUCUCUUCUACAGUGCCAGAUAGAUGCAUGGAAUAAACAAGAGAAUUCUGAGAAAAUUGCUUUCCAUGCAGUAGAUAUUGAUGGUAAUGAUCCAAAUGAUGAUACUUGUGGUAUAUGUGGAGAUGGAGGGGAUUUGAUCUGUUGUGAUGGUUGUCCAUCAACGUUUCAUCUGAGUUGCUUGAAUAUACAGAUGCUCCCCCCUGGUGAAUGGCAUUGUCCAAAUUGCACAUGCAAAUUUUGUGGAGUAGUCCGUGGUCCUGUAAACAAAGAAGAUGAAUCAACUUUAAAUGCCCUACAUAGAUGCAACUUAUGCGAUAAAAAAUUUCAUGAAUGUUGUGCUAAGGAGAUGAAAACCCUUCCUACUAACUCCGAUAUGUCAAGCCCUGCCUUUUGCGGAAGGGACUGCAAAGAGCUUUCUGAGCACUUGAAGAAAUACCUUGGUACUAGGCAUGAAAUAGAUGGAGGCUUCACAUGGUCUCUCAUUCAUAGAACAGAAGACGACUCAGAGGCAUCUAGUAGGGGAAUUAUGCAGAGGGUUGAAUGGAACUCCAAGUUAGCUGUUGCACUGACUGUGAUGAAUGAAUGCUUUUUGCCAGUUAUUGAUAGGAGAAGUGGGGUCAAUUUAAUACAUAAUGUUUUAUAUAAUAGUGGGUCAAACUUCAGCCGGUUGAAUUACACUGGCUUUUAUACUGCGAUUUUGGAGCAAGGCGAUGAAAUAAUUUCUGCAGCUUCUAUCAGGUUCCAUGGGACCAAGUUAGCAGAGAUGCCAUUCAUUGGAACUCGCCAUAUGUAUAGGCAUCAGGGGAUGUUGCGCAGGCUUUUUUCUGCCAUUGAAUUGGCCCUUUGCUCUCUGAAGGUUGAGAAAUUGGUUAUUCCAGCCAUCUCUGAACUGAUUCAUACAUGGACAACAGUUUUUGGCUUCAUGCAUCUUGAGGAAUCACUCAGACAGGAAAUGAGGUCAUUGAAUAUGUUGGUCUUCCCCGGUAUAGAUAUGUUGGAGAAAGUGCUAACCAAACAAGGAAAACUUGAUGGUGUUGAGAAAAUGGAAACUAGAGAUGAAUUUGUUACUAUGCCUAAUAUGGCUGGUAAGUUGGAUAUGAAUUCCUCAGCUCUGGAAGAUCCUGAACGGAGUGAUCAUGCUAAUUCAAAUCCUGACAAUGAGAUAAACGACGACUCUAGUGAUGCUUCUCAAGAACAGGAUAAUCACAUUUUGGUUGACAGCACCAAGUCUCAUUCUGCAGAUAGAUCAUCUGAUUUUGUUUCAAAUCAAUGUGUUUCUCCUUCUAGUACCAGGGAUGAUGUGCUAGAAACAAACAAUAAAGCAGUGACAGCUUUUCCUGAUUGCCAUGAACUUGCUGCUUUGCAUUCGGUGAGUGUAUGUUCGGACCCUGAUUCUGCGAAAAAUCUGGCACAACCUGUUUCUGAUGGGAAAUGUCACAUGCACACUGAUGACGUUAAUCCAGGGUUGGAUUCUCAAGUGGGAGAUAAUGCUUUGUUUUCUAAAGAGGUUGAUAUGAAUGAUGCCCGUGAUGAGGUUCCUGAAGGUGAUCAAUCAGUGAAUUUAUCUCAGGGUAAAAUUACGAAGGAGAAAAAUGAAGUUGUGGAUGUCUCUGGUUCUGUUCCCAAUCAUGCUGAUGAGAGUUCUUUGCAAGUGAAAUCUGAUUUGAUGGAUGAAAUUGUAUUGGAGGGAGAAAAGAAUUUGGACAAAGAGGUUGCAUCACGUGAAAUGUGUGUGGAUGAAACUGGCCUAAGGGCAUCUGGUGCUAGUUCUUAAACUGAUCCAGCUUAAAACAUUGAUCUAGUCUGGUGCUGCUGAUGUUUUGAAUCUACUGCCCAUGCCACUAUUCUUACAGGUUUUCUUCAAAAGAUUCAAUGCCUUGUAAGCAAUCAGUUUUCAAGGCUGAAUAGCUUCUCUAUUGAUUCAAGGGACAGAUAAAAUAAAUUGAUCCCUUGUAUCAACAAGUACGAAUUAAUUAAGGUUCCAAGUUGACUUCAUCUCAUGUCAAUUAUCCUUUUGCCAUAAUGCUUCAAGGAGCUGUUUGCACAGGAUGUGUGCUUUUGGCUGAAGAGGCGUGUCAAUCAAAUGGUUGAGGUUGCCGACCUGUAAUAUGCGAUGAUCCUCUGUACACCUGCAGAUCCUUUGUAGAUGAUUAUGAUUCACAACAUUUAUAUCUGAUGUCUGAAUCCGUAGGAGUCGAUUAGUCUUCCUUCUCAACCUUUGUGUGGCAUUCACAAUUUGCUCACAUGACAUUAUCAGUUGGAGAUACCUAGACCAGGUUUUGGUUUUGGUUGGCAGCAUUUUUUAUUGACUUGUCUACAUUUUGAUGGGCCAUUUACUGAAAGCAAGACACCAAAAGUUCUUUUUCCAAUCCACAGCACCUUCUGCUCAUUUGUUUGAUCCAUGUCUGCCCAAGUUCCUCAUCCAGAAAUUUUGUCUAUAUAUGUUCCUCAAAAGGUCUGUGCAAUUCAAAAUGAAGACUUAAAUGGGAUUUUCGUAUAAAACACGAACUUUAUCCUUUGGUGUACUGUGUUGCUGUAGAUAACAUCCUCUGACUGUAUGAUGUUAAGAAGUUUCUUAGCAAAGGGGAUGUUUGGAUGGGUUGGGAAGGUUUUGUUUUUUGUUCUUUUUUCUUUCUGUAACCAAUGUAAGGUUGAUGUUUGAUGUAGAAUUAUAUUGUUGUAACACUUUUAUGGUCGUUUAGGAUAGUGGCUCCUUCCUCAUUUUGAGAGCUUUUAUGUAUAUUUUUGUUGCUCAAAAGCUGGCGGAAUUUUGAAAUGAAAAUGCUGCAGCUGCAAGUGCCAAUUU